GUUAUGAGCCCAAGCCUCGUUGCUACUGUGUGGGCCAUGUCGAUGUUGCAGCGCCGACGAGCUGGGCAGCAGGAGGCGGCCGAUGAGACUUUGGAUCGGAGGAUAGCUGAAGUUCAACGUGAACGGGAGAUUGAAGAGCAGCUGGAAUUCGUAGACUGGAGCUCGGGCCGCCUGCUGAACCUGGGCGACGCGGUGAACAUGAAGCAAGGACUCAAGGAUCUCAAGCUGGUCGACCUGUUCUUCAAGGUGAUGGCACAGCCACCAGGAAUCCUGCUUACCUCACCGCAUCCGCAGCAGCUUGAGCUUGAACUUCACGGACCGGAGUCGCCACUGGUUGGCUCGAUGUUCACAACGUGCCAACCGGGAGUUGGAGAGAGAACCAGCUUGCUGCGCGGAAUCACGGAUGUGAAGGUCGCAUUCCGAUUGGCGACCAUGCGUCAACAGUUGGAUGUGGACCGUGCUCCCAAGUUGGAUGCGGUGAAGGACUGGGCUGAAUACAUCCUGGCCGAGCUGGAGGAGUUGUCAAAAGCUCAGAGUGUUGCCAAGUUGGCUCAACCACACUCGAGCGCGUCCAAUCAGAUGCCUCCUGUGGUGGGACCGUCCGUGAAGGCUUUGGUUAGUCAGUGGGAAGGAAAGGAAAGUGCCAAGAAACGUGAACCGGAAGCCGCCAAGGAAAAGGCAGCUGUAGGGGAAGCUAAGGAGGAGCAGAAUCAACAGAAACCAAUUGAGAGUCGAAUCCAGGCCGAUGGGGAAAGCGGGAUUGAAGUAGCCUUGCUCGACGGCGGUGCGACUCACGCACUGAGGCAGGCCAAGCCCUCAGAAUUGAGUGAUCUCCGUCCAGUGGAAGUGGAGAUGGCAGUGGGUAAGGUAUGCGAAGCUGGCGUGCACUUGCCAACAGGGGUGCCCAGUGAUGGUUCGGGGUGA